AUGGCUACAGCACGGUCGCUCCCCCGGGUAUGGCCGUCGUCUUUGCAGUUGGCUGCGAUCACUCGACAGACCGUUGCCAGAACUCAGAGAUCGAAGCCGUAUGCUCGCACAUUUGGUCAACCAACGGCGUACUCUCACCCUCACCUUGUCAAAGCCAAUGAGCUCACACGGGGAAUCACUCCUCAGGAAUAUGCGGCACGAAGAGCCGCUCUCGCUGACCGUAUGGUUGAGGGAUCAAUCGCCAUUUGCGUGGGGAACCACUUGCACUACAUGUCCGGUUCCGCACACUACGACUUCCAACAAAACGCGAAUUUUUUCUACUUGAGCGGAUUUACUGAACCUGAUGCUGUCUUGGUAAUCGAGAAGGUCUCUGCGUUACAGCACCAGUUUCACCUCUUCGUUCCUCCAAAGGAUGAAUUCGCCGAAUUGUGGAACGGAACUAGGACGGGAGUUGAUGCCGCCUUGGAGGUCUUCGGAGCAGAUGAGGCAUGGAGUAUCAACUCCCUUGUGCAGCAUCUUACGCCUAUGGUUGACCGUGCGACGGUCAUCUAUGGUGACUUUGCAUCCCUCCAGAGACAACGUUCAUCAUUAGCAGGAGCUGGCUUCUUGCGCGGAUCAACUAGCUCGCAGGCAGAGUCUUUGAUCACGUCGAUGCUGGAUCCGGUCAAGCUCAAGCCGUUGAAUACACACGUUCAUAGUCUGCGAUCGUUCAAAUCCCCUGCCGAGAUUGCUCUCAUGCGCACGGCUGGCAAGAUCAGUGGCCGCGGAUUCAACAACACUAUGCAGAAAAGGCUUAUGUCAGAGCAUGAAGUAGCUACUACGUUGGACUAUGAGUUCAAAAUGGGAGGUUGUGAGAAAUCUGCAUACGUUCCGGUCGUCGCAGGCGGAGAGCAUGCAUUAACGAUUCACUACACGUCGAACAACGACAUGUUGGAGUCAGGGGAGAUGAUUCUCGUUGACGCCGGAGGACAGUAUGGAGGUUAUGCUGCAGACAUCACUCGGACAUGGCCUGUAAACGGAAAAUUCACGCCUGCGCAGCGGGAUCUGUACCAGGCCGUGCUCAACGUGAACAAGUCAUGUAUCAAAUUGGUUAGCGAAGCAGAGAACAUGACAAUGAAUGAUUUGUUGCGAAAGUGCUCAUCACAGCUGGGCGAGCAGUUGAAAGCCUUGGGAUUCAGUUUGGUAGAGGGAGACCUUGAUCGCGUCUUGUUUCCUCACCACGUUUCCCACCAGCUUGGAAUUCAAGUGCACGAUAGCCCGUCAAUACAUUCGCGUGAUGUCCUCAAGGCCGGGCAGGUCAUCACCAUCGAGCCUGCGAUCUACGUGCCAAACAACGAACGAUGGCCGAAACACUUCAGAGGAAUGGGCAUUCGAGUUGAGGAUGAUGUACUCGUUGGCAAGACCGAUCCUGUGGUGCUCACAACGGAGGCAGCGAAGGAAGUCGUGGACAUUGAAGAAUUGAUGAGGUAG